GUGACGUACAAAGAACCGUUCAUUCGCAUGUGAGUUUUUACAACACCUUUCUGAUUCACCAAUAAACAACUUUUUAAAUCCAUAUAACAUUUAAUAAAAUAAAGCACGAUUAAUUUAUAAAGACUAUUGUUUUGCUACAUUAAUAUUAAAUGUUUAUUCGCAACGAUUCGCAUUCGGGAUUCUUGCCAUCCAGUUAUGCAUCAAUCAUAUUCAGCACAAGAAAAAUAAGCAGAAGGGUGUAUCUGAGAAAUAAAUGUUCCCUAUGCUGAGACUAUUAACGGUAAAUUUAAGAGGACUUGCACAACACAAGACCCCACGUCUUAAAUUCAGCACAUCCUCUGUCAUGGCCAAAAGCAAGUUUGAGUACGUAAGAAACUUUGAGCUUGACGACACGUGUUUGAAAAACUGCUACAUUGUGGUUCGUCUAGAUGGACGCAACUUUCACAAAUUUUCAGAUGAACACAAGUUCAUAAAACCCAAUGACAACAGAGCUCUGGGCCUGAUGAGACGCAGUGCACUCUCAGUCAUGGAAGAGCUUGAUGACAUCACAAUUGCCUAUGGACAGAGCGAUGAGUUUAGUUUUGUCUUCAAAAGAUCAUCGAACUGGUUCAAAAGACGGGCCAGUAAACUGAUGACCCAUGUGACUUCCCAGUUUUCCUCUAGCUUUGUUUUCUACUGGAAGGAGUAUUUUGGGGAGCAGCCACUGCUGUACCCGCCGAGCUUUGAUGGAAGGGUGGUGCUGUAUCCUAGCAACCAAAACCUCAGAGACUACCUAAGCUGGAGACAGGCGGAUUGUCAUAUCAACAAUUUGUACAACACUACAUUUUGGACCCUGGUGCAGAAAGGUGGACUGACCACAACGGAGGCCGAAUUGAGACUCAAUGGAACCCAAGCUGCAGAUAAAAAUGAGAUCUUGUUUUCUGAGUUCAGUAUCAAUUACAAUAGCGAAUUCCCAAUGCACAAAAAAGGCACAUCGUUAAUAUGGGAAAUGGUAAAUGAGACCUCAACUAAGAAGAUCAAGCGACCAAACGAAGCAGAGACUGAAGUUACUGUGACACGGACCAGAAAGAAAGUUACUGCUCAUCACUGUGACAUUAUUGGAGAUCAGUUCUGGGAAGAACAUCCAGACAUUCUGGAAAGAGACUAGCAUGGUUGAAAUCAAACCCGAAACCCAUAUGCUUUUCAUUUUGAUAUUUAAUAAAAAACUAUUGUUGUUUAAUAUUUGUUGCAUUUAUUGCAACAUUAUGAAUAAACAAACAGGCACAACAUCUGUCAAAAGUCAACAAUGUUUGCUACAACGUUUAUAAAUUGAUAGCUCACUUAAAAACUAACAUUUUGUCAACCCUAUUAGGUUUUGAGUGAGGGUAAGAAAAAUAAAACAUUUUUGAGAAAAUGGAACAAAACCUAUCCUCUGAAUAAGUAUAUACCCUGUUUUGUCUGAUCUCUCACUAUUCAGUGGGGGGGAAAGCUGUUGUCUUGAUGUUAUUUUUCUUCAGAUUCCUGUAGGAGAUAAGAAGGAACCAGGAAUGACAGAGGGAUCUGUUUCUUUCCUGCAGGGAUGAGCAUCUGUGUUACCCACCCCCACUGCUUCCUCUCGGUAUAGAGACUUUCUCUUUAGACAACGUUUCGGCUUAAUUUCAGUGUUUCUGCAAUUCCAGCUGGACGGAAACAGCACGAGCACAUUUAAUGAAGUGAAUAAAAUUUGUACUUGUAAAGUUUUGAAGUGCUGAAAUGAAGACCAAUGUGUGGCUUUCUUUUCUGUUGGUUAUGUUCACCACAGUAUAACUGCAUACACGAUCAUAGAAUGUCUCUCUCUCUGUCCAAUGAAUCACCACAGGUGUAUGCUGUGUAUGCUAUAUGUGUGCCAAGCUGUUUUUUUAUUACGCCUAAUAUUGUAUUGGGUAUCCCUGACCUAAUUUUGUGCUUAAAUUUGUGACUGUACACUGUAACUGCAACAGCUGUGCAUGCUUUUGAAGAUCUGUCAUAUUGAGCAUGUUUGUAAGUACAGACUAAUAUUUUAGCAAAUUUCACUCAUAACAAAUUACAGUAGUAUUGUCCACACAGCAUGACAAUAGAUGAUAACUAAAUAUCUUGAUUAUCUCAAUAAAUCACACACGUGACUCACGUCAGCACUUAACACUACUGUUCUUAUCAUUUUAGAGCCAAGCUGUAUUUUAUUACAGAUGUUAUUUUGAGUAUCCCUGACCUAAUUUUGUGCUUUAUUUAUAGCGGGAUUGUUGUAUAACUGCGUGCU